UAUGUGCCUCGUCAGUGGUCUUUACUUUCACGAAAACCCUACACUUCAGAGAAAUUUACGAUCACUGAUUCACUGGCAACAAAUUAAAAAACCCCAGGUUUUUGAAUGAUUAUUUCUCGUUUUUCUUCUACUUCAUUCAUAGAAUUUUGCAAUGGGUGCAAGUCGGAAACUACAGGGAGAGAUCGAUCGCGUUCUUAAGAAGGUCCAAGAAGGUGUCGACCUCUUCGAUAGUAUUUGGAACAAGGUCUACGAUACGGAUAAUGCGAACCAGAAGGAGAAAUUCGAGGCGGACUUGAAGAAGGAAAUAAAGAAGCUUCAGAGGUACAGAGACCAGAUUAAGACAUGGAUACAGUCCAGUGAGAUCAAGGAUAAGAAGGUUAGUGCCUCUUAUGAUCAGGCUCUGAUGGAUGCUCGCAAGGUUAUUGAGCGUGAAAUGGAAAGAUUUAAGAUAUGUGAAAAGGAAACUAAGACGAAAGCAUUCUCAAAAGAAGGCCUUGGCCAGCAACCUAAAACGGAUCCUAAGGAAAAGGCUAAAUCAGAGACAAGAGAUUGGUUGAACAAUGUGGUUGGGGAGCUGGAAAAUCAAAUUGAUAGCUUUGAAGCUGAAAUAGAGGGUCUUUCUGUUAAGAAAGGGAAAACAAGGCCUCCCAGACUGACGCAUUUGGAGACAUCCAUUACCCGGCAUAAGGCUCAUAUACAGAAGCUAGAACUGAUUUUGAGGCUACUAGACAACGAUGAAUUGAGUCCGGAGCAAGUCAAUGAUGUUAGGGAUUUUUUGGAUGACUACGUUGAACGGAAUCAGGAGGAUUUUGAUGAAUUCAAUGAUGUUGAUGAUCUUUACAGUUCUCUACCUUUAGACAAGGUGGAGUCUCUUGAAGAGCUAGGUCCAAUUGGUAUCCCUGCUCUCUCAAAGGGUAUUAGUGCCUCCAGUGCAGUUUUAAACACGAAAAAUUCUUUGGCUGCAACAUCUGCUCAAGCUUCAGCCAUAGUUACUACAAUCCAACAGGGUGCUUCUGUCCAGGAACUAGGAGAUGAAACAGCUUCCCAGGAGAGUAACUCUUAUACAGUUGCAAGAACCCCACCUCCUAGUAAUAGUGGACUCAUUCCUUCUGCACCACAAACGCCAUUAGCAAGCCAUGUUGAUCCUGUUGCUCUAAAAGUUGCAGGUGUGGUUGUAGAUUCAUCUGCAGUGACCAUGUCAAGUGUGGUAGAGGAAGAGGAAACCUUCCCUGCUCAUAAAUCAUCCAUUGCUCUUGCUGAAACUGGAUUAAGGGGUCUUAGUAGAGCUGCUCUAUCCAGCCAACCUUCAACUAUCCCAAGUAGUUCUGGCAGUACAAUUUCCAGCAGUGGGGCCCUUGGUACUUUCCCUUCAGCUUCUGAAAUAGGGAAAAGAAAUAUAUUAGGUCCUGAUGAAAGAUUGGGGAACGGAAGCAUGAUGCAGUCUGUUGUUUCCCCUGUCAGUAACAGAAUAAUCUUGCCACAAGCUGCCAAAGCUAAUGAUGGACUGGGCUCGGCAGAGACUGGUAAUGUUAGUGAGGGUGGAGUUAUGGGUGGCAGGGUUUUUUCUCCGUCUGGAGUUCCUGGCAUACAAUGGAGGCCUGGAAGUUCCUUUCAGAACCAGAAUGAAGCAGGGCAGCUCCGUGGCAGAACUGAGAUUGCUCCUGACCAGAGGGAGAAGUUUUUACAAAGAUAUCAGCAGGUACAGCAGCAAAGUCAGACAAAUCUUCUUGGGAUGCCUUCUCUUGCUGGAGGAAAGCAGUAUGCCACUCAGCAACAGAACCCACUCUUGCAGCAGUUCACUUCUCAAGGCUCGUCUGUCGCUCCUCAGCUUGGGUUGGGAGUCGGCGUCCAAGCUGCAGGUCUUAACAAUGUUAUAUCACCUGCUUCAGUGCAGCAGCAGCCAACUGCAAUCCAUCAACAAUCUAAUCAACAGGCGCCUAUAUCUACAGUAUCUAGGGAGGCUGACUCAGGCCUCACAAAAGUUGAGGAGUUGCAGGAGCAACAAGCUAUUUCUGAAGAUUCAGCAGCAGAAUCUGGUUCAAACUCUGGGCUUGGAAAGAAUCUUAUGCAAGAGGAUGAUUUGAAACCUUCUUAUGCAUUGGAUGCACCUCAAGCUGGAGUUACUGGCUCACUUGUUGAAACGUCUCAGGUGAUGAGGGAUACUGAUCUUUCUCCAGGGCAACCUUUGCAAUCCAAUCCACCUUCUGGAAGUCUUGGUGUUAUUGGUCGAAGAGGAGUCUCUGACCUUGGUGCCAUUGGUGAUAGCGUCUCUGCAUCAGCUGCAAAUCCUGGAGGAUUUCAUGAUCAGUUAUACAAUUUGCAGAUGCUGGAAGCUGCUUACUAUAAACUUCCUCAACCCAAAGAUUCUGAGCGUGCAAAGACCUAUACCCCAAGACACCCAGCAGUUACCCCCUCAAGCUUUCCUCAAGUACAGGCACCUAUUGUGAAUAAUCCUGCUUUCUGGGAACGCCUUGGAUCCGAUGCUUAUGGCACUGAUACUUUGUUUUUUGCAUUUUACUACCAGCAGAAUACUUACCAGCAAUAUCUGGCUGCUAAGGAAUUGAAGAAGCAGUCUUGGAGAUACCACAGAAAGUACAACAUAUGGUUCCAACGACACGAGGAGCCAAAAGUGGCCACAGAUGAUUUCGAACAGGGGACAUAUGUGUACUUUGAUUUCCAUAUUGCCAAUGACGAACAACAUGGAUGGUGCCAGAGAAUCAGGACUGAUUUCACAUUUGAAUACGGUUUUCUGGAAGAUGAACUUAUUGUGUAGAAUCUGUACAGCAUUCACUGCUGGUUCGAACCGCCCUGAUUAUCGACCAACUCCAAGUAACAUACAUUAAUAUGUUCUUUCUUUUGACAAAGUAAAUCUAUUUGGAUUUAUAAUGUUAAAUGCGUUUCUCAAUAAACUCAUGGGGAUUGAACAUCACUGCUUUUUAUACUAUAAUGCAUCUGGAGAGACCAGCUAAGAGAUGGUUCAAUUUAACAUUUUUACCUGUUGUGCCCUUA